GUGUCGCUGCAUUCACCGGAGGACCAGCAGCGGCUAGAGAAGCGCCUCAGCGACAGGAUCCAAGAUGUGGAAAGCAAAACGCAGGUGCUGGCUGAGCAACUGGAGCAGAUUUCAGCACAGCUGCAGCUGGGACAGAGCUCUCCGUCGGGGCAG